AUGGAGCUGGGCCAUCGAGCAGGUAAAACCACUUUGACCAGGGCCCGUCUGAAUAGCGAGGAAGGCCAGCAGGACACGGACCCCAGAACUGCCCACAGCCCCUUGGAGACUUCCAAGGUCAAGCUCCAGACCCCAGUCUCCCCGCUGGCCUCCCAGGACCAAGAAGGCAGCUCCCGAGGCAGCCCCCAGGGGCAGGCCUACCCGGCAGGGAGCCGGCCUCCAGGCUCAGCCGUUGGCCAGGACGGCUCUGGGAUGGACUCACGACCUGGGUGGAUGAAGAAUGAAGACAACAGAGCUUCCCAACAGGAGAGCGGAGCCACUCUCCAAGAGGGCCAGGGGCUGAAGGAGGGCCCCAACCCCGGGGCCCAGGACCUGAAGAGCAGCGUCAUUCCUGACAACAUUCGCCACAAGUUUGGGAGCGACGUGGUGGACCAGCUGGUCACCGAGGAGCAGGCUCGCAAGGCCCUGGGGGAGGUCGUUGAGGGCCAGAAGAGGGCCAGCUCAUGGCCCAGCAGAACCCAGAGCCCCGCGGAAAUCGCCUCCAUCUUCUCAGACUACUACGAUCUGGGCUACAACAUGCGGUCAAACUUGUUCCAAGGGGCCACCGAGGAGAUGAAGAGCCUCAUGAAGGCCUCCUACACCCCCGAAGUGAUUGAGAAAUCCGUGAGGGACAUCGAGCACUGGCAUGGCAGGAAGACGGACGAUUUGGGACGGUGGCACCAGAAAAAUGCCAUGAACAUGAACUUGCAGAAAGCACUGGAUGAGAAAUACGGAAAGAGCAGGGUCUCGAAGUACUAG